ACAAAACGAACUAAGAGGAGAGAAAAAAAAACUCUAAAAAGGAGAAAAAGUAGUAGUAGGAGAGAGGAGGACAGCACAGCAGCAGAGCAGAGCACCCCUCAUCAGCGGCCGCCUCCAUCCCUGCUCCGGCGCGCCAUCGCCGUCACCGAUCGAUCAUGUCCGGGCGCAAGGAGACGGUGCUGGACCUGGCCAAGUUCGUCGACAAGGGCGUCCUUAUAGGAACUUUGAAGGGCUAUGACCAGCUUCUGAACUUGGUGCUUGAUGAAGCGAUUGAGUUUGAAAGAGAGCAAGACGAUCCACUGAAACUGUCAACAAAAACCAGACAGCUUGGUCUCAUUGUCUGCAGGGGCACAGCGGUGAUGCUCGUAUCACCAACCGAGGGAACAGAGGAGAUCAAAAACCCCUUCCAAGAGGCUGAUGGAGAACAAACCGCUCACUCCUAGGAAUGACCUGAGAAGAUGGUUGGUUACCCCGUGGAGGGACUUACAUUAACUUAUAGUAAGAGUUAUGGCACUCUAUGUUGGAGCACUGGUCGUCUGAGGUUCAUAUUUGUGCCAAGAUGAUUAUGAGUCGCACUGGACUGCCCUGUGUAUAUGUUACGGGCCCACCUUUUUGCCCUUCGUACACAACACGGCUGUAUUUACCCUAUGUAUUCGCCUAUUCUGCUCUCUGACAAACAUUUAUGCAUAUCCCCGCAAAAAAACACAUUUAUGCAUAUAUCCCCAUAACACCGCA